AUGGUUGCAGCUACAUACACGAAGGAUCUCCUACAGAGAAUUCCUCUGAACAGAAUUAAAGCCGAGGAGAGGAUAGGUGUUGUUGUGUCUGAGGAGCUGAAAGGCAUCCAACAUCGCUUAGACCAAGCAUACAGUCAAAACGAACGUCACUUUGGUGAACAGAAGGCAAGAGUAUUAACAGAUCGGCAGCGCCUUUGUUACCAAGUGUUUAAGGUAGUUAACUACGCCGAGCAAAAGAAUAUAAACCCUAAACGAGCCGAGGGAACCUGUCAAUGGGCUUUCCAGAGCCCCGAAUACAUCCGUUGGUGGGAGAGCAACUACAAUAAUCUUCUCUGGGUGUCGGCUGACCCAGGCUGCGGCAAAUCUAUCCUCGCCAGAUCGAUAAUUAAUGGUUACUCAGAGACCUUUCAUCCAACUAUAAGAAUAUGUUAUUUUUUUUUCAAGGACAAUAAUGAACAGAACAGUCUUGCUACGGCACUAUGUUCGGUCCUUCAUCAGCUAUUUAGCCAGCAGUCAGAUCUAUUGACAUAUGCCAUUCCGACCUGGGAAAAGAAUGGGGGGGACGCUCCGACAAGAAGUUGA